AUGGACUUCUCAGGUUCUUUGCCUCCACCCUCCGCAUUCACCUUCCCCAUCACCCCAAAUGUCUCUAUACCUUCCCCGACUCCCUCCCUCUCUCCAUCACCCAGCCUGGCAUCCACCGCUCUCUUCUGCUCCCUCCUCUCCCUUCUCUCCUUGAUGGGCAUCACAGGAAACCUGUACACGUUAGGCCUCCUUCUGAGGCGCAAGAGGAGCAAGAGAAGACGCGCAGCAGGGCCAUCCUGCUGCCUGAUGAGAGUACCUAUACCCUUCUGCCUCUCCAACGCCUCCUCCCCCUCCACCUCCCCCAUCUCGUCUUCUUCUUCCUCCUCCUCCUCUCUUCACCUCCAGGUGCUGAGCCUCGCACUUGCCGACCUGCUCUACCUUUUCACCGCCCCCUUCAUCGUGUACGACAGCCUGGCGUCAGGCUGGGCCUUUGGUGAGCCGGGCUGCCGCCUCCUCCUGAGCCUGGACCUCCUCACCAUGCACGCCUCCAUCUUUACUCUCACCGCCAUGAGUCUGGACCGCUACCGGGCUGUGGCUCACCCCUUGCACACCUCCUCCUCAAACUCCUCCGGCCUGCUGCGUGUGGGCCUGGCCUGGGGGCUGGCUGUGGCUCUGAGUCUGCCCAUGAUUAUCACCCUGCACCUGGAGGAUGGGGAGAACCAGGAGGGCCAGCUGUGUGUGCCGGCGUGGGACGAGCAGAGCUCCAAAGCCUAUCUGAGUGUGCUGUUCUGCACCAGCAUCCUCGGUCCUGGGCUGGCCAUCGGAGCCCUCUAUGCCACCCUGGGCCGGCUGUACUGGGUGUCUCAGACCAAGCCGGCCUGGGCUACUGCGAGCAGCACUGCUUGUCCUCCCCGUGCUCCCAAACCCAAAGUCCUGCUCCUCAUCCUGGGUAUCGUUCUGGCCUUUUGGGCCUGUUUUCUCCCUUUCUGGAUCUGGCAGCUGCUGCCGCUGUACAAGCCCGACAUGCUGCGGACGGUCCCGGUGGGGACGCAGGUGACAGUGAAUCGCAUCCUGACGGGGCUGACCUAUGGAAACUCUUGUGUGAAUCCGUUCUUCUACACACUAUUGACAGGAAAGCGAAGACGCAACAGGCAGACGCUGACAUCAGCAAAUCAGCUCUGCCGCAAGAGCAGUCCACUGCAGUAG